GACAAGAGGGCAGCUAGAGACCAGUUGGGGCUUCACUUUUCCCCCCAAGGCCAAGAUAAUGGAGACUGGUGUGACCCCCAAGGGGAAUUUCACAGUGCAGCCGGGGUCAAAUGAGAGCUUGCCAGACCCCAGUUCCCAGCAUCGGUUGGAGGGCGAGAAGGAGGUGAUCCGAAAGGCCAUUCAAAAAGAGCUGAAGAUCAAAGAAGGUGCUGAAAACCUACGCAGGGUCACCACUACCCGGCGAAACUUGGGCCAUGUGGACCAGCUGCUCCGCUCCUCCAACCGAAGACUGGAACAGCUCCAUUGGGACCUGCAAGAGCUCAAUGCUCACAUUUUGCUUCCUGAUGAGGCCCAGAGCCCUGCUGCCUCUGAGCCUCACCCAAGGGAGGAAAAGCCAGUGACCAGACAUCUGGAAGCUUUGCGGAAGCAGCUACAGAUAGAGCUGAAGGUGAAACAAGGAGCAGAGAACAUGGCUAACACCUAUGCCAAUGGCAGUCCAAAGGAACGCAGGCUGCUGUCAGCUGCUCAGCAGAUGCUUCGAGACAGCAAGGUGAAAAUCGAGCUUCUCCGAAUGCAGAUUGGGAAGUUGGGAGCCUCUGGGGAGGCUCUGGCACCAGGGCCAGAACAGCGAAGGGAGCUACGGGCUGGGGACCUUCGUCAUCGGUUUCGGAUCGAGACAGCUGUAGCAGAGGGUGCCAAGAAUGUGGUGAAACUGCUAGGGGGCCGGAGGCUACAGGACCGUAAGGCCCUGGCUGAGGCCCAGACUCGGCUUCGAGAGUCCUUGCAAAAGCUGGACCUCCUACGUCUGGCACUGGAACGGCUAAUGACAGAACUUCCUCCAGCCCACCCACUCCGAAUCCUUGUGGCCCGAGAGCUACGGGAGGGCAUGCCAGGGAGUCCCCAGCCCACUGGGUCUCUCAUCAAACCCAUAGCCCUCACAGGGACCCUGGAGGUUCAGCUCAUAGGAUGCCAAGAGUUGUUAGAAGUGGUUCCUGGCCGAUCCCGAGUGGCUGCAUUGGUGGGUAGCCCAGGAGAAAGUAGACCGUGGAGCUGGGGCAAACAGCAGCGUGUUGAGGAACUGACCAAGGAGGUUCUGGCGGUGCUGAAGGUGGAUAACCGUGUGGUGGGCCAGACGGGCUGGGGGCCUGUGAGUGCUCAGGCUUGGGACCAGACUUUCCUGAUCCCCCUAGAGCGGUCUCGUGAAUUGGAGAUUGGGGUACAGUGGAGGGACUGGCGGGAGCUGUGCGGUGUAGCUUUCUUGAGACUGGAGGAUUUCCUGGACAAUGCACGCCACACACUGUCCUUGGCUUUGGAGCCUCAAGGCCAGCUCUUUGUGGAGGUGAUGUUCUGUGACCCUGUUAUCGAAAGGAGGCCCCGGCUUCAGAGACAGAAGUGCAUUUUUUCAAAACACCGUGGUCAGGAUUUCCUCCGGGCCUCACAGAUGAAUAUCAGCAUGGCAGCAUGGGGUAGACUGGUUAUGAGUCUGCUGCCUCCUUGCAGCUCCCCGAGUACCCUCAGCCCCCCUUGGGGGCGGCCUUCCCCAACCUCCCCGCAUGACUCCCCUGGCUCUUCAUCCCCCAGUUCCUUCCCUCUGACAAAGCCUCUGGUUGUGGAGGCCCCUGCACAGAAAGCCCUGGCGGGGCAACAGCUGCCACCAAAGCCCCCACGUCUCUACCUGCCCGUGGAUUCAGCGUCUGUGGAGUCACCGUGUACCAAACGUCCCCACAUGGAAUACAGGAACAGGCUGAGACAGGGGCCAUGUGCCACACUCAGCAGGAAACCUCCCAAGUUCCAAGACUUCUGUUAUGUUGCUGUGCUGGGCCGUGGUCAUUUUGGGAAGGUCCUCCUUGCUCAAUAUAAGAAGACUGGGACAUUCUAUGCAAUCAAGGCACUGAAGAAGCAGGAUGUCUUGAGCCGGGAUGAGCUGGAGAGCUUGUACUGUGAGAAGAGGAUCCUGGAGAUGGUGGGCCACUCUGGCCACCCCUUCCUUCUCUCUCUGUUGGUGUGCUUCCAGACUCCCAGCCACUUCUGUUUCGUGACUGAGUUUGUACCUGGGGGUGACCUGAUGAUGCGAAUCCAUGCUGAUGUCUUUCCUGAGCCCCAAGCUCGGUUUUACCUGGCCUGUGUGGUCCUAGGCCUGCAGUUUCUGCAUGAAAAGAAAAUUGUUUACAGGGACUUGAAACUGGAUAAUCUCCUCCUGGAUGCCAAAGGUUUUCUCAAGAUUGCUGACUUUGGGCUGUGUAAGGAAGGGAUGGGUUUUGGAGACCGCACCAGCACAUUCUGUGGGACUCCCGAGUUCCUGGCACCUGAGGUGCUGACAGAUGAAUCAUACACACGAGCAGUGGAUUGGUGGGGGCUGGGUGUACUGCUUUAUGAGAUGCUGGUGGGUGAGUGCCCAUUCCCUGGGGACACAGAGGAGGAAGUAUUCGACUGCAUUGUCAAUGAGGAAGCUCCCUAUCCUCAUUUCUUGUCUGUGGAGGGCCUUGCACUCAUUCAGAAGUUGCUCCAGAAGUGUCCUGAGAAGCGUUUGGGGGCAGGUCGGCAGGAUGCAGAGGAAAUAAAAGUCCAUCCUUUCUUCAGGUCCACAGACUGGGAGGCUCUGCUUUCUUGCCGGGUCCAGCCUCCCUAUGUGCCGUUGCUGCGUGGGCCUGCUGACCUUCGCCACUUUGACCAAGAGUUUACAGUGCUGCCUCCAGCCCUGACACCUCCUGAUCCCCACUGUCCACUCAGCUCUCGACAGCAGGCUGCUUUCCGGGGCUUCGACUUUGUCUCUGAUCGGUUCCUGGAGGUCUGAGCUACUAGGGGGGCAGGGCAGCCUUAGGUAGUACACCAUAUCCCUUUCUUCUUUACCCAGCUGGGUUUACGUAGAAAGCCUGGGGCAAGGGGGAAGCCUGGUAGGCCUUCUUUCCUUUGUGGGCAUACCCCACCCUCCAUUCACCUUUGAAGCUUUAGGAAUAAUUUCUAACAACUUUUGCACUGUUUCCUCCCCUUGAAGCUAUUGGCUAUCAUCCGCCCCAGGGAAGGGAAUGAUGUCCCUUAUUUAUGAAUCCCAUUCUGGUCCUAAUAAUUCCCUUCUGUUUCCUUAGAGACAAGCAGGGAAGGCUGAGGAAGAGGCUUCCCUUGCUGUUAUAGGACCUUCUAGAGUUAGGCCUAGGCUGGGUAGGGAUGGGAGGAGGAUGUGGGAGUUAGGGAGUGAGCUGGUGACAGCAGCCAGAGUCAAGGCUGGUCAGCAGCCAGGGUUUAUUGAACAUUUCUGUACAAAGCACACACUUCUGAAGGGUCACAGUGGAAAGCAGGGUGCACCGGUGUGUUGUUGUUUUUUUUUUUCCAAACAGUCUACCUGCUUUUUGGAUUAUUAAAUUUGUAAACUGCAGAACCCUAGGGGAAGUAGUCUGAAUUGGGAAGGCUGGGGAUGCUGAGGGGAAGGAAA